AUGCCUCCACGCCCACAGCAAAGCGUCAAAUGUCUUCCGGGGCAAACCAGCGGUCGAGCGGCCCGCGCUACCCGACGCUACCGCGCCCAACGAACCGCCCUCGAGCGCAUCACGAAGGGCUCCCUUCGUCGACUUGCCCGUCGGGGCGGUGUGCAGCGGAUCGCCGGCACGGUGUACGAAGAAUCGCGCUUCAUCCUGCGCGACUUUCUGACGCAGGCGAUCCGAGAUGCUGUGGUCUACGCUCGUAGGUGUUUCCCCUUUCCCCUUUCCCUCGUUCCUCCUGCCCCUCCUUGUUCGACUCCCGAGACCUCAACUGACACUGUGAUCUUCCCUCGUGUCGCUCCGCAUGGCAACGCAUCGCUCCGCAUCGCCUCGGCGCGGUAG